AUUGAUAGGGAUGUUUCCAUCAUGGCGGCUUACAUUUCAGGCUAUACUUUUAGUUCUGUGUGUUAUCACAGCGCCAACAGCAACUCAGAUCACGAGGGCUUCCUGUUUGGAGAAGUAAGACAAGAAGAGACUGUCAGCAUCAGUGACGCACAGAUAAGCAGUUCAGAACUGCUCCAGGUCGUAGAAAUCCAUAAUCAUGACCCGUGUGCACAGUUGUUUAGCUUUUAUGACUAUGCAGGCAAAGUCAGUGAAGAAAAUCUCAACAGCAUUCUCAAAGAUAGACGGAAAAACAUCAUUGGUUGGUACCGGUUUAGGCGGAACUCACAGCAACAGAUGUCGUUCAGGGAACAGAUCAUCCACAAACAGCUGAUUCAGCUGCUCGGUGUACCCGACCUCGUCUUCCUUCUUUUCAGCUUCAUCUCCACCGCGAACAGCUCCACACACGCAAUGGAGUAUGUGCUCUUCAAACCCAACCGCAGUAGGUACAACCAGAGGAUCACCCUCACAAUCCCAAACCUUGGCAACACAAGCCAGCAGGAAUACAAAGUCUCCUCAGUGCCCAACACCUCAGUCAACUAUGCCAAGGUCAUCAAAGAGCAUGGGGCUGAAUUCUUUGACAAAGACGGUGUGAUGAAGGAUAUCCGAACAAUAUUCCAAGUCUACAGCGCACUACAAGAUAAAGUACAGGCCGUGUGUGGUGAAGUAGAACAAAGUGAACGUGUGAAGGAGAAGAUUCAAGACGAUGUAAACAAACUCAAACAACAAAUUGCUCUCAGGAAACGCAAGACGGCAGAAGAGGAGAGGAUGCUCCGUGAAGCCCAGGAUGCAGACUCCCAUUCCACUCCAGAAGAAAACACAGAGCCGUCUGAGGCUUCCCUUUUGUCCAGGAUGGCGUUCCAUACACCCUCUGCUCCUGAGAGACCCAGUACCUCACCUAACCCACCGCCGUAUGCUGACCUCUUGACGCAGGACGACUCUUUGCCCUCCUCUUCCUCCCCACCCACCAGUGCUGCUCUGCUGCCUCGGCCACAGGCUGUGGGCUCACCCGGGCACCCGACGCCUGGCCCUCUGGGAAUGGUUCUGGGCCUUGGUCUGGGUCUCAGCGCCAGCUCCAAUCCCAUCUCCACUCCCAGCACCCCGUACCUCGGCAAUGGUGACGGCUCGAGCUCUGACUCAUUAGACAGACAAGCAGCAGGGCAGGAGGACGAUGCAGAUGACGAUGACGAAGAUGAAGACAGUAGCGAGUAUGAGAACUUAGUGAGUGAAGCAGCUCACCUGCCAAUGGUCACUGCCAGCGUUUUAGCUCAAGGCCGACCAGCUGCCCUCAGUCCCGACGGGGACGCCCGUGGCUCACAGACGACAUAGAGGCUUUGUCACAGGGUGUGGCAGGGACACAGUGACGCACCUUGAGAGGUGGGCAUCUCAAGCAAUCAAAGAUAAUACAAAUAUAGACAAAAAGAAGUGCCAGUCCUGGAAGUGAAAGGCAUGUGCAGGUGGUUUCCCACUGUGUGUAUUUCUUCUUGUCUUAGUCUGAUCUCCAGAUUAUGGGGAAACCUUGCCAGGCUUUGUAGGCUUAACAGGUGUGGGGGAAAAAAUCAUGUUUUCAUCAUUUUCUUUUUUGAAUGGGGGUUUGUCUGUGUCCUUCAGUGCGGAUUGUCUGAUUCAGGGUCAUAAAUGGUUAUGACAACACAAUGUAUGCCAACUGGUUGGCAAAUCGGCUCCCUGUAACACAGAGCCUGCUCCACUUUUGCUGUUUCUUUAUGUUUUGCAUCACCCACUCUUGCAUUUUUACCUCUUGCACUAUUUUUUGCCACCUUUAAAACAAACCUUCCAAGAAAAGCAAUGGGAAAGUAUUCUCCGCCCUUUGUGUUAUUUUAUUUUAUUUUACUAAAUUAAGUCGUCAGAUGGUUCACUGAUUAUUUUAUGAUGCAAAGAAAAAAAUAUAUAUUUGACUUUUUUUUGGAAUUAUGUUUUGUUUAGAACUUUGUUUUCUUCAGUCUAAACAUACAGUUGCCUGUUUAAAUUAUGAAAUUAAUAGAUUUCAAACAAUUGUCACUUCUGUAAUCGGUGCUACAUAUUAUUAACACUUAAUUGAAUUCAUUUGACAAGAAUGUCAUUGUUUAGUUUUUCUUGGACAGCACUGAAAUUGUAUGCGCUUUGCUGCUCUGAACAAAAAUGUAAGAUUUCUUUAUAAUUUUUGUUGCUAUACCAAUGCUGUCAUGUUGUGCCACUUGACUUAGUCCUCAUUGACCACGCUGAGCCAAACUCAGCUCAGCUUUUGUGCGUUGUACAAGGUUCACAGGGCAAACAGAACAAAAAUGUACUAUAGCUUUACUAACCAGAUGCUUAAGGUUCCCUUCUUCUUCUUCUGCUGCCGCUGCUGCAACAACACGAGCUACCACUAAAAAAAUAGCUGCAUCCUUCUGAUGUUCGUACAAAAACCUGGCUGCUACUUUCACUUCAGAGUGCUGGUUGUCUCUAAUACUACUGACCGUUAUCAUCAUGACCACUUCAAGCACACUCACAUGUCUUGUUCUCUAUUAAAGUCACAACAAAAAGGCUGACACCCCCCUGUAGUGUGUCUGUGUGCAUUGUAACUUUGGGAUAACGGAGCAGGCACAGAGCAGCUUCCUGUCUCGGUGUAGUUGACAGCAGACCUCAUGUAUACUGACCUGGUUGGGUUAGUGUUGUGUGUGUGGACCUGGAUAAUGUGACAGCGUUAUGACCUUGCUUUGGUACACGGUGCCUUCCACUCAGGGCAGUUUUCUGUCUGAAAAGGUAACAGGAACUGUGUUGUGUUUGCAGUAACUGCUUAUGUCUUCCCUCCCUGAAACCAUUUCUCCUGCUUUUUAAACGUACGGUUUCCUUUUUUUAAAUUUUCAUAGCUUCAUAUUGGACUUGAAUCUCACGGUUGCAGCUGGGUUAUUUUUUACUGGAAUUGUGAGUAAAGUAAGAGGUAAUUUGACUACAUCCAUACUGCUUUGUUUCCAUUUAGAAAUCUGUAGAUUCUGCCCAAAAUACACCUGCUAUGCACAUUAUCUUAGCAUGUUUGAGCCCCAAAAACUACAAGGUUAAAAGAAUCUCUUUCUGCUGGGGCUGUUAAAGAAAAACACUAAAAAUUGAGAUGCGGAGCCAUGACAACAUCGUUUUCCCAUAGGGUAAAUUAGCCAGUUCUGUAUGGAUAAAAAGUGGAUAUGAUACAACACUUUUGCUAAUUCUCCUAAAUUUGCUCUUGUGUAUGUGGGUCUGAUACUAAUACAUUUGAAAAACAAUGACCCAAUUACUUGCUUUCACUUCGGAUUGUUUUCUUAGCAGCCACAACCCUCUAUCAGCUGUGAAGAGAAAAUGCCAUUUUCAAAGGAUAACACGUAGUAUGGAUGUAGCAUUGGUUCAGUGACCGAACACCCUUUGAACAAGAGGGCAGGCAAGACGGGCAAUAGUCUGCAACCCUGAGUUAUUUUAGGGGGGCCCUGAUGUCAGUCCACAGCAAUGACAAUUGACCGUAAGCACAGUCUCUUCCUGGUUUUCAAUAAACCAGCCCGUCUAUUUCUGGUAAGCUGUCAGCCAACGGAGCAGAGAUGUUCUACAGACGGUGUCUGAAGAAGUCACCAAGAGUGUUCAGUGACAAAUUAUAGAAUUUUGCAGAGGCUGUGCUCAGAACGACACAGCAGUGUGGCACUUUUUUUCUAUGCUUCAAUUUAAAUGCCAUUUUCAUUUUAAGGCCAUUUCGAAACCCCUCAGGACUAACUACUAAUACAGCUACUAAAAGACGGAUGUAAGUAAAUGAGCUGGCUUAUAUUUUAGUGGAAAAAGUACAGUAAGUGGUGCUCCAUAUAUAGUCAAUUGUGCAGCAAAUGUCCUCAAAUUUUAUGACCAACUAAGUACAGGGGACAGAAAAUAACUGAAGUGAAGAUUGAUCAAUUGCUGGAUGUUGGAAACAACACCCUCCUUGCAUGAACUGGUCAGUUCCUGUCCAGACAAGUUGGUAUUCUGCAUGGACAGAUGUUUGCACCGCAGCUGAGGUGUAUCUAACAUAGUGUGCAUCAGCAUUUUGUUAUGAGAGACUUGAUGAACAGGCUCUGCUUUAUUUACACAGUUUGUUUGUAUGUCAUGCUUUUUUUGUUUUUUGCCUAUAAGGUUUAAUUUCAAUGGCCCUGAUGUGUAACGCGUCACUGAUUGGGAACUGGCACUCAGACAUGUCACUUAAUAAUAAUCGCAGAGAGAAUAACACAGUCACACCAUGUUAAUGAAAUGACAACAUCGGUGUGCAAGGAUUUCCUUCGAGUACUGGAAUAUAAUAAUGAAUGUAUAGUAGAUAAGGUGUGGGGGUAGCAUUUAAACAGCACUUACUGUAUAGGCUUGUCUCAGUCAAGUGUUGUGGUGUAAAGCAGCAGUUCUUAGUGACAAUGCUGAGGAUGUCUGGUAUGUGAGAGGAGGACUGCCAUAUCCCUAUCAAGUUCCAGCAUCAUACAAAUAUACACUUGUGCUGAAUGGGGUGACCCUUCCGUUUUUCCGUGCCCCACAUGGACUUGAGCAACAUCAACACCUCCCUGAAGCAUCAAGUCCAGUGCGAGGCUGAGGUCCUCUCAGCUUUCACCUGGAUUUAUAUACUUGACGAAAGUUGACAAGGGACUUUGGUUGGACAAUCUCAAGAGGAUGUGGUUCUAAAACUGGGGGAUAAUAAACGAGACAUGCAUAUGUGGUA